AUGGUGCACGACGAUGGCGGGGCUGUGGCGGUGGCGAUACAGGGCGACAUCUCGCUCGCCACCGCGGAGGCAGCCAUGACGACGCUUCCCACCCCAGACGUGUGGUGGUUGGUGAGGGUGGCGUGGCUAGCGCAACAGGGCAAACUCUUGCCCUGUUGUGUCUGCGGCGUCGCCCUAUCCAGCCUCAACGCAUGUGGGCGACACUUCGAUACCGCCCAUGCACCCCUGUUCCGAGCGACGCCUGAGGGACCCCGUGAUACCGCGGUCGCGAUCAUUGCGAUGAUCGCGCUGUGUGCCGCAAGGCACACCCGCGGUAUCACAGAGCGCCGCGUGGCGCGCCUCGCCAGCCAGGCAUGUUACGCGGUGCUGGAAGGCCGCGGCGAGACACUCUCUGUGGAUGGCGAGUGUCAGGUGUGCGACCUGCUUUUGUCACCUGCCAUUGAGCCUUGCGGUUGA